AGUUGAGAUUAGGCGGUACGUUUUGUGGUGUCGUCAGGUCUUCGUGUCAUCGUUCUGCUCGCACUGUAGGAGUCAGAUACCAAAUACAAACCAUUGCGAAUAAAUGCUUCCUUUGUAUCCUUCAGAAAGCAAAGCAUCUGCGCCUUUUCCUACACGACCGCUUUUAAAGCCAUUACACCCUUACCUCCAUUCAUUUUGAUCGUCGCCUUCUCUCCUUCUCUGUUUUGGGUCACCACCUGCGUUCCAACCUUUGCAUAGAAGACGGUAGGCGGAGAGGAAGAAUGAGGCAGUUGUAUACGAGGAGCCGAAGGCUCAAGCGCCUCCUCUCGGUCACUCUUGGAAGAAGGAGCCGAGAAGAAGCGAGCACGGAGGAGGAUGACUCCUCUGUUCGGGCCAGUACAUUGAUGGAGCCUUUGCUUGAUGCGAACCCGCCCCUGAAACCCACUUGGAGAUGCUUCUCCUAUGGCGAAAUCCACAGCGCGACCAAUGGUUUUCAUAAAGAUAACUUGGUGGGCCGAGGUGGGCACGCGGAGGUGUACAGGGGAGUGACGGCGGACGGGCAGGCCGUGGCCGUGAAGAGGCUGAUGAGGGCUUCCACGGACGAGCAGAGGGAGAAGGAUUUCCUGACGGAGCUCGGCACCGUCGGCCACGUGCGGCACCCCAAUGUCUCCGCCCUCCUUGGCUGCUGUAUCGACCGCGACCUCCACUUGAUCUUCGAGUUCUCUUCGCGCGGCUCCGUCUCCUCCAACCUCCACGACGAGAACUCGCCCCCCAUGGAUUGGAAGCUGCGGCACAGCAUCGCCCUCGGCACCGCCAGGGGGCUUCAUUACCUCCACAAGGGGUGCCAGAGAAGGAUCAUCCACAGAGACAUCAAGGCCUCCAACAUACUCCUCACAUCCAAUCUCGAACCUCAGAUCUCAGACUUUGGCCUCGCCAAAUGGCUUCCGUCGGAGUGGACUCACCGUGCCGUGGCACCAAUCGAAGGGACAUUCGGGUGCUUGGCGCCGGAGUACUUCAUGCAUGGACUCGUGGGCGAGAAGACCGACGUCUUCGCGUUCGGCGUAUUCCUGUUAGAGAUGGUAUCAGGGAGGAAGCCAGUGGAUGGUUCCCACAAGAGCUUGCUCAGCUGGGCCCGACCUUUCCUAAAAGAUGACACGAUACAGAUGCUGGUUGAUCCAAGAUUAGGAGAAGAGUACGACAUGGGGCAGCUGCGAAGGCUCACCUUCGCGGCCUCUCUUUGCAUCAGAGCCACAUCAACAUUGCGCCCUUCCAUGACCGAGGUAUUGGAGCUGUUGGAAGGCAGUGAGAUCUCGCAAGAUCAAUGGAAGAUCCCCGAGGAAGAAGACGAACAAGAGUUUGGGGGCUUCGAUGAUCUCGAUGAUGACGAUGACGACGAUGAUGAUUGCGAUACUCCAUCCACGUCUUCGACGGGCAGCUCCCAACCACAGUUCUCAUAGAUAGCCCAUUUGUGUGGGAUGAUGAGAAGCAAUGUAGCGUAUUAGCACUGCAACGUUGAUAUUAUCUUAAACACA